AUGACCUCUGAAGACGAGCUGGCUCACGAUGAGGUGGAACCGGUCGAGCGCCCUGAGACCCAGUACGGCGUCAUCCCCAAGCUACGAUUCUGCAACUGGACGAGACGGUCGCACUGCCUCCAAAAUCCCAAAUACCACGUCGACAUCCGGACACAGAGGACAGCCGUCUGUGGAAGGAAGCAUAUCGAGGCGUUCAACUACCUACACAUGGAAUGGGACGGACGGAUCUUCAACGGACAGACCUUCCGGUCAAUCUCAAAUCGUGCAGGGCUCGUGACAACAUGGUCAAACACGUCCAAUGGAUGGACUUACUUUAGAGCGGAUGCGCUAUGA